AUGGGCUGGGUAGGCGUGGUCACACUGAUCGCAACCACUGCAUACAUUCUUUAUCGUUAUCCUCCUCGAACCUGGAAUUCUACUCUCAACUCUCCGGAUUCCGAACCCGACACUCCGUCUCCUUCAUCCGAACCUGAACCUGAACCGAACGACCGCCCCGCGGCCCCUCCAUCCUUUGAAAUAACAGAAAGCCCGCAAACAACUCCCAAGGCUUUAACACCAGUGCCUCCUACACCGGUACUGGCUGUGCCUUCCUUGAACCUCGAGGAAUCCGUUCGCGCGAUCGAGCCACCCGCACAACCUAGCAUGAAUGGAUCAACACCGGUAGCGCCACUCGGUCGCAAUGAAAGAGAAUCCAAAGAAUCGUCUCUGGCUCCGCCUUCCUUGAAGCCUUUGCCCAAUACCUCAUCCCUGAUGCCUCCCCCUCCGCCACCAGGCCUACGUCCCCGUCAAACCCCCCAACCAAAUCGAACUCCCGGAGGCCUCGCGCCACCGCGCAUGAGCACCUCCCCCCGCACACCACUCUCUUCAGCGGCAUCAGCGCGACUCGCUCCGACAAGCACCGGUCUAAGCAGCAGUACUCUAGCGCCUACACCAGUAUCGCUAAAGAAAUCCUCCAAGAAAGUUGUCCUUGAGCCAGGAUUCUCACCGCUGGACUGGGCCGCACUCGCCGCGAAACCGAACAACCAGCUCCGGGGCAAGGAUGUCCCACCCGGUUAUCUGCGUGUCACGCCUUCCAUGCUGAAAAUGCAGAAUGGGCGGAAGGGUCGCGAUGCUUGGACUUCGUAUCUGGGCAAGGUGUACAAUAUUAGUCCCUAUGUUCCGUACCACCCUGGUGGCAAGGGUGAACUUUUGAGAGGAGCAGGGAAGGACUCGGCGAAGUUGUUUCAGGAGGUUCAUCCUUGGGUGAAUUGGGAUGGAAUCUUGAGUGAGUGUUUGAUUGGAAUUUUGGUUUCGGAGAACGAUGCCUUGGCUGAGAAUGCUUUGGAUGCGAUGGAUUGA